GAGGGGUAGCACAGCAUAGCUCUUUCUUGCUCUGUGGUGCACCAACACAAGCAUUCAACCACUGCCAUGCGAGAGGGCGACCCGACCCUACUAUCCGUAGUCCUGGAAGGAUGAAUGAUGAAGCGAAGGUACUGUUCGACAUGUUCCCGGACACCCCGCAUCAAACCCUGGCCACCAUAUGGCGCAACUGCGGCGAGGACUUCUCCACUGCGUUGGACGAGGCCCUCACAGUUGCAAGUCUUGGCAACGCCGACGAACAGGCUCGAUUCGACGGGGGUGACUUUGCCGCGAUAGAGGCACCUGCAGAUUAUUGGGAAGAUGCGCCUGCGCUCCUACCCGCGCUGGGAGAACGCCGUUUUGUAGCGGAAACGAGCACGGGACCGGUGUCUUCCUCAAGGGCCCACGACACCGCUCCCGAAACUAGACGGCCGAGCGCAAAUGGAGGAGUCACCUAUGCAGACGCGGCGUCAGCGAUGUCCCCGAAGGAAAACGGGCUGCCGAAACUGCCUUGGGAGGGCAAGGAAGAGCGGUACGUCAUUGGCUCCGGAGAGCUCGGGCUCUUGAACGAGCUUCAGAUGCCUAGGAGAGGGGCCAUAGUGCCACUCCCCGUGGGUUUUCUCAGGGUACCCGGUGGUUUCUCCCAGCCCUCGACGCCGCCGGCGACGGCUGCAGAGCCGCUCAUCGUCCUAGACCCCGAUGGCAGAUCAAGCGAGCCAAAUCAAGUGUCCAGCCCCACUUUGGCAUCCGUUCGCGGCAGUACUGUGUGGGACAGCGAGAGGGGAAGGGGAAACCCCGCCAGCAGCAGCCCGGGGGCCUCGUUCGGUGGCCGGCAGUUCCGAUCCCCGGUGAAGAACACGCCGCCGGUCAGAGCCAGCCCCACGCUCCUCCGGAAUGUCGGGGAGCACCAACCAACGGUUGAGAGCGCCAACGCAAAGGCGCAGAUGAAGGUCGUAGGCGGCGACCGGAACGGCGGCGUGCGAGUGGGCGACAACCCGGGAAAGGAGGCGUGGGCGAUCCGCAGCAGCGGGCAGCGUAAGAAGCCGGUGCCAACAACCCUGAGGGGAGAGCCGAGCCCUGCUAGUCGCAAGGCGGACUUCCGGCCGCCGGUCAGGGGAGGUAGCGCGUGGGGCGCAGGGGCAGGGAGCAACAACCAAAAGGUGGAGACAGCUUCAGCGGCGGAGCGAAUAGCUAACUUCCGGCCGGGUACGAGGUUCCGCGUGGCGGUGGACAAAGGCGUGACUGGUCUCGGCAUCACCGUCAAAGAGAUUCGAGGGAGGUUCUUCGUGUACAAGCUGCAGAGCCUGGCUGACGGAUCUCAAGGCGCAGCUGAGGAGGCAGGCGUAAAGGCAGGAGAUCAGCUGCUUGGUGUGGAGGAGCUUGACUUCGAGACGGAGAGAUGGGAUAUGGACCAACUGGUGUCAUACAUGGGCGAGCUGAUGGGCGUAGUGAUUCUCCACGUGAUGCGGGGCUUCGGACCGCUGCCCCAGGCGCCAAAGAGCGACCUCGAAAACGGCAUGAGCUACGGAGUUGCUCGUUCCAACGAAGGAGACGGUGCCGCGGACGGCUCUGCGGGCACGGAUGGCGGGAAUGAAGGCGGGGUGAGUACGGUUCAGCGAAGAGCUCGGCGGCUGGUAGAGGUCCUGGAGGAAGAAGGUCUUUCGAAAACAUCGGAGGCCGCGGAUAUCUCACGCUUGUACUGCCAAAUCGACGACCGAGCGAAGCAGUGGGACACCGGAGAGCUCUGGCUUUCGGUCAACGACAUGGCUCGCCGCCCUUCGAGAGAUACCCUGGCUGUGAUGGCGAACCAGUGGCACCCUGACCCGCCACCAGGCUGGGACGAGUUGGACAGCAGCGAGGGCCGGUCGCUGCCGAACAGCAGCGGAGCGCAGCGAGCAGAGAGGUCUUCAAGCGACAUUAGCGACGACCCCCUCGUGCCGGACCCGGCAGCAACAAAACGCGACGGUUUCGGCGGGCAAGACGGAGAUGAGCCCGGCAUUGACCUAGACACGAUCGGGGCGGCUCUCCUCGGACAGCCCCUCUUCAGCGACCCGUUGAUGGAGGGGCGGGUGGACGAGGCGGGGGCGGCAGCGGGGGCGCGAUCGUCCGUGGCGGGCGGCGAUGACGAGGGCGGCGGGCACUACUGGUCCCCCUGGCCGCAGCUCGUAGCCCUCGAGAGCAAGGCCGCGCAGCGGACCACCGUCGUGCCCACGCAGGGCCUCCGGAAGGCCUUGAACGUCCGGAUCUUGGAGCAACCGCCACCUGUACCGGCGGCGGCGGCGGCGGCGGUGGCGGGUAGCGACGACGCCAAAGGGGGGCGGUCCUCGGCCCCGCAGACCGUCUCGUACCUGGUAUGGGUGAUGGACGUCGAGAGCGGGGCGGAGUGGAGGGUGCGUCGGCGCCACCCUGAGUUCUCCGAGCUCUGGGAGGUUUGCACCGGGAUGAGGCCGAGCCUGGCGCGUGGAGGCCCGUAGACCGAG